GGAGGCGGGGCCGGUAGAUAACGGCGAGUCGCCUCCGGGCCGGGGGGCGAGACCGCAUCCUGGCCCGGGGGUUGCGGCGGGGUCUGCGCCGAGACAAGCGCCUCGCCUGGAAACCUGGUGCCUCAGUGAAGUGGCUUUGGCAUCGCCGGACGUCGCGGCGGAUCCGCCUCAGAGCUUUGCCGCGGCGGUUCUUCCAAGUAAUUGCACCGAGAGGUAAACAACAAGAUGUCUGAAAACACAAGUUUCUGCUAAAAGCCUUGGGCUCCUGAUGGCUGAAUGGUGCUAGUGUGGCUUCAUGGGAAUGAAGUGGAAGUCAUCUGGAUUCUCCUGUGCACUGCUGAGUCGAAAUGACAUUCAUGUCUGUGGUGAAUGGAAGUCAUGGCAGCAUCUAACAUGGGAGGGAAAGACAUGAAUGGACAAUGUGGCGUGACUCGUUCAGAUUGCAGAUCUUCUGCCUGCUUCUGGCAGUACUGGCUAUUGUGGUGCUGGUCCAUAAUUUUUUUCAACUGGAGCACCUGGAUCAUAACACAGUCUCAGGAUCAAAUUGGAUAACAGAAGGCAAUGCCCAUCAUUCUCGAUCACAGACAACCAAAACUACCAGGAAGCCUUUCUGUGGUUAUAAGCAGCAGAUUUUGUCCAAAAGCGAACAAGCAGAACAGGAAUCUUUGCUUGCUGCAAUACAGUGGCCAAAACCCCCUCGUGGCAAAAUUGCCUUUGAACAAAGCACUGAUCCUGCACAGAGUGACUUUGUAAUUGUGAAACCCAGUGGAUUCUUCAAGGUGGGUGAUCAGUUAGAAGUGCUUGUUCGCGUGAAGGAUUUCCAAGGAAAACCCAAACAGUAUGGUGGAGACUAUUUACAGGCACGAAUUCACUCUCCUCUGCUGAAAGCUGGAGCAACAGGAAGGAUUGUAGAUUGCCAUAACGGCCUUUACAAAGUCUUCUUUACUUUGCUUUGGCCAGGAGAGGUCAAAGUUUCUGUGUCACUUGUCCAUCCAAGUGAAGCAAUCCAAGUCCUCCUGCGUUUACGAGAAGAAAGGCCAGACAGGGUCUAUUUCAAAAGCUCAUUCAAGUCUGGGAGGCAUUCGGAGACCACUGAGUGCAAUGUUUGCUUGUCUGGAGAUCUCCCUAUCUGUAACUUCACAGAUCUCUACACGGGUGAGCCAUGGUUCUGUUACAAGCCUCGAAAACUGUCCUGUGCCAGCCGAAUCAGCCAUGCCAAAGGUGGAUAUCAAAAAGGUCUUCUGACACAAGAGGAAAGCCUCUUUUUCCAAAGUGACGUGAAUAUCAAAAGGUCAAUACUCUCCAGUGGACCUGAUUCAGUGAUUGUAAAGCCCAACGCAUUUUCAGAUUUUGGCUACGCCCGUGUUACAAUGAAGCAUCUGCCAGAGGAUGCUUCUGGACGCUGGAAUUCCACUGCCUGUACUUUUUCAAGCAGUAUGGACAGAGCUGAAGAUCCCACAGUUUCCCCUUCUGGUUACUACUAUGAAGACCAGUGGAGCUCCAGAACACACUGGAUCCAUCAUUUUGACAAGUCAGAUAAUAUAACCAAGUGCUUACAAGGAAAAGUAAUCCACUUGUUUGGAGACUCUACAAUAAGGCAGUGGUUUGAAUAUCUGACAGCAUUUGUUCCAGAUCUAGUGGAAUUUAACCUGGGGAGUCCUAAGAAUGUGGGCCCUUUCAUGGCUGUGGACCUGAAGCACAGUAUCCUGCUGAAGUUCCGCUGCCACGGGCCGCCCAUUCGCUUUUCAACAGUCUUCAGCAGUGAGCUGCGCUACAUCGCCAAUGAACUGAAUGGCAUAGUGGGUGGGAGAAACACGGUGGUAGCCAUAACUAUAUGGUCCCACUUCAGCACUUUCCCUGUGGAAGUGUAUAUCCGGCGGCUGAGGAACAUUCGGAGAUCAAUUAUCCACCUGCUGGAUCGCAGCCCCAAGACUUUAGUCAUCAUCAGAACUGCUAACGUUCAGGCGCUUGGGCCAGAAGUGAGCCUCUUUAACAGUGACUGGUAUUCCUUUCAGCUUGAUUCUGUCAUGAGGAAAAUGUUCUCAGGAAUUGCUGUGCACUUUGUGGAUGCUUGGGAGAUGUCUCUGGCUCAUUACUCGCCACACAACUUGCACCCAAAUGAAAUCAUUGUUAAGAAUCAAAUAGAUGCAUUUUUAUCUUAUGUGUGCCCUCUGCAAACUUAGUACAAAUGGGUAUCCUGAUGUCAUCUUUUGCUGUAGCUGAAGUAAAGUUGCUCUUUGUCAGAGCUAUUGAGUUAUGCUGGACAGUAUGGGAGAACUCUGGUUAUUGCACUUGCAUGCAAUAUAGGCAGGGUGGCCUUAACUUUGGGUAGUGUGAAGGCUGGUAAAGAGGAGUUGACUGUUCAGGCCAUAUCUUCCUGCAAGGUUGAUUCCAUUCAACCUGAUUGUUCAUAUCUGAGAUUACUAAAGAGCACCUUAAAUUAAAUACACAGGAGUCAAUAAGAAAUUAUGUGGGUUAUUAGCUUUACUAGUUGUCUGCACUGUAUGCUUAAUUUACCCAUAUGACACUGAUUCUGUUACCAGGGUCUUGCUGCUCAGAACUAUGUAUAAAACCUGGGAAGGAUUUUGAGAGUGGUCUUUCUCUCAAUGUUCCAUAGUUUGAGGGACAUCCCCUCUAGCUGUAUGUCAGAGAAGGACCGUGUGUGUUCUUGUUUCAAAGUCCUAGCUAGAAAUAUGAAGGACGUGUACCAAAAUCAGUACUAUCAAUCAAAGAAGCACAAUGAAAAUAUCUGUAGCGUUAAGUCGUAAACUAUUUGCUGAAAUUUAAUAGAGCAUGCUACUUAGGCACCCUGGGAGUUACAAAUGGCUGCUAAAUAAUGCAAAGGGCUGCUGUUUUGGUUUCCUGUACUACUAAAUCUCUUCUGAGCCAUGAUGCACUGUCUGCUUACUGAUUUAUCUGUAUUGGAGAAAUGCGUAUAUGGUGACUUCAGUGAAGACACUGCCUCAGGCAGUUUCUCCAAGAUCAAGUUGCAGGCUCACCUACUUGAAGCUAGAAGCAUUUACUAAUUAAACUGUUUCCCAUCCCUGAAAGUUAAAGCUAUUCCAUUACGUUCCUGCAAAGUUGGGCUUCUGAUAAUUACUUGCUACAUCACUCAUUUAUUGUGUCUGUAUGGGGAAGCCAAGUAACCUGAAUAUGCACUUGGCAGCUUUUGGUACUGGAUAACAGGAACUGGCACACACUAGUGUCAAGGCCAUGCAGUGAUGCCCCUUCAGUGUGUAGCAGUUGUGUCACUUACUCAUGAGCUUUACUGCUGCCAAGAUAAAAGGUCAAAAAAAUUACACCCAAAAGCAAAACAUGGACAGGGUUGCCUUGCAUGCAGCUGCUUGGUAAAUACUUGCAGUUUUGCUGGUGUGAAAGCUGGUGGCUCUUGGGCCUCUUGGCAUGGAGUUUGCUGCUGCUGAUUUGAUUGUGCCUGUCUAUGGUUUUAACUAGUAACACUUUGAAAACAAGCUUUGGUUAAAUUCGGCCCCCAGAUUAAACAGCAGAGAAAUGUUCCAUGUUGUCUUAUUCCUUGUCCCACUAAGGCCUAAGGUAGUAUUUACUAGUGGCUUUACUGAGAAAUGUGUCAACAGUAGUGGAGUGCUUCUGAAGCAGCUCAUUGUGCUUAAGGAGAAUAUGAAAGUUGAGUCUUUGUGAACAAACUGAAUAGAUUAUUAAGCAAAAUUGGUAGGUUGCACUGAAUAGAGUAAUCAAAAAAUCUUCAUAGAAGAAAUGUUUUACUCUUUACUGGGUUUGCUGCUAUGUUCAAAGACUGUGCACUUAUUGCUGGAGCCCCAAGAGAGCUAAUGCUACCAGCUACAGGAACAGUUUUUUGGGGUUGUUUUUGUUUGUUUAUGGUUUUUUGUAUUUUGGGGGGUUUUUUUGUGGGUUGUUUUUUUGUUUGUUUGUUCAUUUUAAAGGGCAACUGAGAACUGUUCUAAAAACAAAUGUAGAUGCUUUUAGCAUGUAAAAGUUGUCAGUAACAUCCAUCUGCAAAGUUAACAAUUUUAAAAUGAUUAAAAAUGACUGGAGGAGUCACGUACAUUGAAAUAGCAUUUAUUCUUAGCUUUCCAAAUUGGAACUAAGGAGUUCCAAUUUGCCAGUUCCUACUGACAGCUGCCUUAUAUAGUGUCUGUCCAUACAUGAGCUUUAGGUAACUAUUUCUUACUUUAAUAUGUUAAUGGAAAGUGAUCCUCUGCUAAAAAGAGACCACACCAGUUCAGGCCUGGGAAGGUAAACCACCACAAUGCAAAAUGACCUUUCAUCUUUUCCCUGUGUGUUUUUUAAAAUAGGCAGAGUAUAAAGCUUUCAUCCUGAACAACAAACCUAUCCAAAUAAUGUUAAUGAAAAUAAGACUUCAAGCUUUUACUUUGAAGGAAACUACUUAAUUUGUGGACUAACCAUUUGAUUUUCCUCAUACAGCCAUACCAUGUGUGAAAGUGUUGUGGUAGGGUGUUUCUCCUCUGGAUGUUGUAGUGCUCACCACUGCUCUUCUCCAGCAACUUCAUAUCUCUCUGAACUACCAAGAGCAGAGAGAGAACAGAUUGAUUAAUUUUUUUCCUGUUUUCACAAUUGAGGGAAAGAGAACAGGACUGCUAUUUGCAAAGGUGUCUAAUCACCUUCUGGUAGAACCUCUCCCUUUUAGAUUAGCUUUUAAAUAAAGGAUUAACUAAUUUUUGGGUAAUGAACUGGAGAUAGAUUGCCAGUUUAUUUUGAACAAGGACCAAUGUUUCAUUUCUUUGAGCUCUGAAUUAGACAGGGAGAAGGGAAGGAAAGGAAGGAAGGAAACUGAGGAUUCACUCGUAUUUUAAGAUGAAGUCUGGGGAAGCUGUGCUUCUAUACGUCGUUCAGUUGAACUGUUAAUUAUUUUUCGUUUCUAUUCUCUUCUUGUUACUGGUUGCACCAGUUGUGUAUGUGCUGUAUAUGAAAACAUAGAAGCAAUAAAAUACUUUAGAAUCAGUCUCUUUAAACCUUUAGGUUUCUAAAUGGAUUUUAAUAGGAACUUAGGGCAAGGUUGGUUAUUUUUCAGGUGACUUAAUAUGAAACAGGACUGGAAGGGAAUUUCUCAGUUGUCAGUUAAGUAUCUUCCUUUACACAUAAAGAGUUAUUUCACAAGGCUUUUCAAAGGCUGGCCAUCCUUUUCUUUCAAUUUUCUUCACUUGAAGAGAAGAAAUUGCAUUAUUUGGGAUAUUUUAAUUUUUCUCCUGAGCCUGUUUAUAAACCUUUCAAUACAGAGAUUAUUUUUUCCUGUUAAAUUUAUUAAGAAUCCAGCUUACUCAAGUGUCAGUGAAAGAAUUAUUUUUAUGGUAUUUAUCAGAAAAUUUCAGAGCUAUUUAUAAAAUAAUUAAACUCCAUUUUACAGACUAGACUGAUACAUGGUGAAUUUAUGCACCUGAUGCUUUGAAAAUCUUGUUUCUCAUAAAUGUUACUGAUUUCUUCAUUCUAGAAAUUUAGUAAAAAUAUUAGUUCAAUUGUUGAUUGAAAGCGAGGAAAACAAGCAGAAGUUUCCUACUUUGUUCAUGUUUUCAAUUGUUUUACUUGUUAGAGGUAAGCAUUUAAAAGUGGGAACUUGGCUUAAUUGAAGGCUCUGUGUUUUUUUGUUAAUAUACUACAGGUGACAAUUCCAUGUAAAUGUGAUGAAAUGAAGAUUUGGACUUGUCUUCUGAGGGUACGGGGAUUUUGCUUUGUUUUUGUUGCAGACAAGUGGAUUAAAACAUUUUUUGGCUCAUGACAAUUCAGGUGACAGUAAAAAACUUACAUCACAAAUGUGGUUUUUAAUUUAUAAAGCCCAUACUCAUUAAGUCCAGAUCACUUCAUGCUUUUAGGUUAUAUUCGUAUAUAUUUCGACUGUUCAGAAGGCUCUUGUUAGCUGUUGGUAGUGAUGAAGGACUUGAUCUCUGCAUGUUAAAGGAAGAACUUGUUUUCAAACUUGUUGUUUUUUUUUUCUUUUAUGUAUAUUAUUGAAAUGCUAGCACUACAAAGGAGGACGGCAUUAAUGUAUUUUAUUUCCUGAUGUGAUCAGAAAAAAAUUUAAACAGCCAAAAAGUUCAAAUAACAAAAAAAUUCCUAAUAAACAGGGUAAGUUUACUUAA